CCAUCCCUAUCCGAAACGAUCUCAUGGACCAACUCCCACUGAACCGUCUCUCACCGAUACGUGGACCCCACCCACAUGUCCCGUCGUCCCCCGCGCUGACUUGGCGAGGCCGGGCCCACCCAACGUGGGCCCACGAAUCGGCCCGCCUACCUCCUCCCGCCGCUAUUAAAUCGCCGCCGUGCGGGUCGGUCUCAGCUGGGAAGCAGUUGACAAUCUCGGCGGAAAGCGGCGGCGGCGGCGACGGCGGCGGCUGCGGGUCCGAUGGAUCUGGUGGAGGCGGAGGCGGAGGAGCAGCCGCCGGACGAGGACGGCGACGAGGAGGGGUACGUCGAGGCGGACCCCGCAGGCCGCUUCAUCCGGUAUGAUGAGAUCGUGGGGUCAGGGGCCGUCAAAACGGUCUACAAAGCCUUCGAUAAGCUGGAGGGUGUCGAGGUAGCAUGGAGCCAAUCCCGGAUCGAUGACUCUGUCAUGGGGUCCUCUAAGAAGAUGAAGCAACUAAACACAGAGAUUCAACUUUUGAAGACACUCAAGCAUAAGAACAUUGAGAAAAUGUUUGCUUCAUGGGUUGAUGGGGAGAAGAAGACUGUUAACAUAAUCACAGAGUUGUUCACAUCCGGGAGCUUGACACAGUACCGCAGAAAGCACAAGAAAGUGAAUAUGAAGGCUAUGAAACGAUGGGCAAUACAGAUAUUAACAGGGCUAGAAUAUCUGCACAGUCAGAAGCCAGCAAUUAUACACAGGGAUUUAAAAUGUGACAAUAUAUUCAUAAAUGGAAAUCAUGGGAAAGUGAAGAUUGGUGAUUUUGGUUUGGCAACAUUCAUGCAGCAACAGAAAAAAAGUAUAAAAGGCACCUUAGAAUUUAUGGCACCAGAGCUGUUAACUGGGCAUUACAAUGAAUUGGUUGAUAUAUAUUCAUUUGGGAUGUGCAUGCUUGAAAUGGUGACAUGCGAAUACCCAUACAGUGAAUGUCAAGGCAUGGCCCAUAUAUUCAAAAAGAUUGAUGAGGGUAAGAAACCAGCUGCGUUCUACAAAAUUAAAGAUGCAGAAGUAAGAUCUUUCAUAGAGAACUGUUUAGCUCCAGUAGAGAACAGAAUGUCUGCAACAGAGCUGUUGAAAAGCUCUUUCCUCCAGGAUGAUGAUCUUAUCUCAGUCUCUCUGGUCAAGAAUAUGUCUGAAGAUGGGCAGCAGCCUGUCAGUUGCAUGCUUCGUAAGGGCGAGUUUCUGCUGACAGGAAAUGUUGAUGUAGCCAGCCAUGUUGAUUUAUGGCUAAGAUUUCCUGAUCCCAGCGGUUGUUUCAAGAGUGUUGAAUUCCCAUUCAAUUUGACUGAAGAUACAAGUCUUUCUGUGGCUGUGGAAAUGGUUGAGCAAUUUGGACUGACACAAGACAGCAGACCGAUCAUCGCGCAGUUGAUCGAUGCAUUCUUGGUCAUCCUGAUUCCUGAAUGGACACCGUGUGUCGCCAUCCGUCAGGUGGUUUCUGAGGGUGCAAACGGCUUGACAAUUGAGAAGCGCUGACCGAGAGUGAUUCUGCUUCCCCAACCGCUGCUACUAACUAAUAGUCAUAGUUGGCUUCGCUGGUUAUGUAUCCUUAUAGUAUUUUCUUUUAGAUGGAGUGGACCUUAUGCUUUAGCCACCUGUGGGCACUCAUAUUACAAUGCCCUCGAGAUGUGCUGCUGAGCAUGGAGUUCCUCCGGUGGUGAUGAUGAUGAAAGUUAGGUCUAGUUCAGAUAAUUUAUUUGCUAGGAAGGAGCAGCAAAAAUGAGAGUAAUCAGUCGGAAAUGUUGGGUUUUUUUUCAUCUUUAA